AUGAAGUCCGCCAAGACGCCCGCAACGGAGAACUCGUCGCACCGCCGGUCGCAGCCAGUUCGCCAGACUCGCACGAAUCCUCCGCGAAGCACUGCGAAUAUGGGCCGCUCUGGUGCCGGCAGAGACUCGAUCGGCGGUACCGACCAGCCCAUCGACAUUUUCCCUGCGAUUACACACUUCGCCGAUGCUAUUACUGCGCUCCCCAAAGAGCUUGUUCGACACUUCACGCUUCUCAAGGAGGUCGAUGCCAAACUUUUCACUCCCGAAGAUCAGCUCUUCCGACUCGUCGAAGCUGCCACCAAUGCUCCCGUCUCCGAGGCACGUCCGAACAACGAGACAUCGAGCGCCAUCGUUCCUGGCUCGGCGCCCAUGAGCGCGCAGAAUAGCUCGGCCGGUACUGCUUUGAACAACAGCGCCCAAAGUGCGCCCUCGGUCGAUGAAUCCAACAGAGACCUCGUUUUCGAUCCAUCCAAUCUACCUCGCCGUCACCUCUUUCGACAAACCGCGCUUAAAAUCCAAGAGAUGCUCGUGUCGCUUGAAGAGAAGAACCACGUCAUUUCGACGGCGAAUGAAGCACUCCAAGCACAACUUACCCGCAUUGAAGAUGUUUGGCCGCAUCUAGAGAACGAGUUUAGCGAUGAGGCUAAAUGGGGAAGCACCACACACUGGGCGUACCCAGAAAAUCGGUUUUCUAAAGCAUCACAAGUCGAUCGGACACGGCGCGACGGCGCCGCAGCUAUCUCUGCAGCAGCACAGGCCCUUGCCGACGAGGCAGCCGCUAGAAGCGAUGCUCGGAAGCAGGCCGUUCAGGCGAAGAAAGCUUCGAGAAAUAACAACAACAAUCACAACAAUGCUAAUGCCCAUAACCAUGAGUCAGAAGGAGACGACCAUGAUGGCAAACCCAAGCCCGAAGCUCCCAAGAAGACUACAAAGUCGCGGAAGACAGCAGCGGAAACUGUCAAUGUCGGACUGGGCAUUUCUACUGCUGCGACGAAUAAUGGCAACCCACCACAGAAGCGACGCAAGGUAGAAAAGCCGACCAACGGUGCCACGGUGGCAACAGAACGUGCCAUGAGCUCUGUUUUUGGGAAUGCCGCGCCGAAAGCGAAGACGACAAGCCCACGAGCAACUCCCGCUCCUGAGGCGCCUAAGAAGAGGAAGGCCCUUCCUUCAGGGAGCGGCCAGUCUAAGAAAAGAAACGGCGUCACUGGCUUAUCCACAUCCGUUAAUUCGUCGCCUGUUAUCACUGAGCUCCCCGAACCAAAGCUCCCCCCCGUUCGUGCAUCGCCAGUACCAGUUCCUACGCCAAGCAUAGUUCCGACUCGUUCGCGACAAAACUCGAUACAGACUGUGACUGUAGAGAACAAUAAGGCACCGCCGACAAUAUUGGCACCCAGCAAGCCCAAUGGCAGCGCAGCCAACACGCCAGUCAUUGGACCUCCAAUAAAUAACACACUCCGUAACGGCACUGAACCUAAACUUCCCAAAGAAGCGAGUUUACCGAUCAAGACGGAAAACCCAAAGAAGGAAGUCGAGAGAACAGAAGCUGCAUCUGCUCCUCCAACCACUGUCAUCAGCACUAUUACCCCCGCUAUCACGAACAGUAGCAAGAAGGAUCCUAAGAAGCCUGAAGAGAACGACCGCAAGAGUGAAUCGUUACCUCCGGCUCCACAGAUAUCCACAGUCACGACCAAGAGCGGGCGAGCCAGCAAACCUUCAACGCCAGCGCUGGCAACCUUUCAAGAGGCGGUGCAACCGCGGUCACGUUCUUCGAGGAACAACGAGGGAGCUAGUGCUGGGAAGAAGAACCAGAAGAAACUUGGUCCCACUAUUCAUGCAGCUGUUGCUCAGUUGGCAGAUGAAGAUACGAAUAGUAGCAUGCAGGGCGACGAAGACGAUGGCGACAUUGACGCAGACGAGCCGACGUACUGUUACUGCAACGGCGUCAGUUACGGCGAGAUGGUUGCUUGCGAUGCCGAUGAGUGUCCGCGCGAAUGGUUCCAUCUGGAGUGCGUUGGGCUCAAGGUAGCGCCAACAUCCAAAGCAAAAUGGUAUUGCGAAGACUGCAAAGAACGCCUCAAAAUGGGAGGCAAGAAGUCUAAUGUCCGAUAG